GGAGCAGAUAAGUAGGUCGCUGUCACAUACCGAUAUUGUACUGCUGAAAGUUUUACUUCGUGUUGAAAUACUGAUUUAAAGGAUGACCCACGGUUUGGGCGGUGGGGGAAGAGGGUUAAGUGGAGGAUUGGGAGGAGGAGGCGGUAUAUGGGGAAUGCAUCUCCAUCACCACAGCUCAGAGGGACGCAGCGACUGCUGUGUGGACAGCAUCUGCUGCAUCAUCAACAUCGCCAGCAUCCUCCUCUGCAUCAGGAAGAUGUCCCGCUACCUCCGCAUCGCCCUCCUCUGGAUCUAUGUUGCCACUGCCGUCAUCACCACUGGACUUCUCAUCAGCAUCAACGUCCUCGGCACCAACAAGUUCCAGGCUGCACCAACAGACAUGCGCAAAGUACAGGACCAGGUCAACAACGCCUUCUGUCAGAGCCUCACUCUCAACUCCAGCGAUCCUUUCGAAGCCUACACGUUUGACAGAGAACCGGUGGUGGAUCCCAGCAAGAUCGAGCAGUUCAAUACAUCAUAUUUCACUUCCAUGACAGGAGAUACAAACACAUACUGGGGGUUCUAUCUCCUGAAAGGUUCUAAAGCCGUCGUGGUUUCAUCCGGGGACGAACUUAUAUCAGUAUUCAUCAUAAAAGGAAGCUCCAAUCUUCAGGCGUGGAUUGACAACAAAGGAAGCUGUAAUGGAUGUUACCUUGCAUCUCAUGUCACCUCUCCAACCUUCACUUACACGCUGGACGUUUCACAGAGUGACGAUUACUAUUUCAUGUAUUACUCCACUUCAAACUACGUCAUUGUCGUGAACGUCAAUGUGUACAUAACUCGGACACUCUAUGACGUCAGUUCUGCCACAUCCCACUGCUCCUACCGUCCUAGCGACAAGCCGUGUUCACUGGACAUUUCCCUCAGCCCUCACAUGAACGUGGUGUACCACAAUGGAGGUAAUGGCCUGCAUGACAGAAUCGACAUGUGGUCUACGUGCAAAAGUCGAGUUUGGAUGUAUAUGAUUGUGUUUGCCCUCAUCCCGGCGCUGAUGACGGCACCCGUCACCUUCCUGUUCUGGAAGUACUGCAAGGAUGACAGAUCCCAGGAGAACCUGGCUGUGGACUCUGAGGACAAUUUGCCUUACAACAAGUUUUAGUUGAGCCCAGAAAUACAAGGAAGUCUUGACAUGUUGCUAUGUAUGUUCUCAUGCCUCAAAUGUAAUUUUACUGACGCUUUGAGCUAAACACACAACAGCUCCAUCAACAAAAUACCAAACGAAGCCGAGGAGCAUCCGUUUAGUUCAUAUAUCUGCAUAAUGUUGGUUGUUUAACGCCGCACUCAGCAAUAUUCAUACUAUAUGACGGCGGUCUGUAAAUAAUCGAGUUUGGACUACACAAUCUAGUGAUCAACAACGUAAGCAUCGAUCUACGCAAUUCGGAUACGAUGACAUUUGCCGACCAAGUCAGAGAGCCUGACCAUCCGAUCCAUUUAGUCGCCUAAAGCAUGAGUUGCCGAUCACCAAUUCCAACACGAAUGUCCACGAGUUUAUAAGUAUUAAUAGAUUAAUGACAAUGAUAUGGGAGAAUCAGAUGGUCUUCAGCUUCCUGUGACAGACGGACAGUCAGUUUAUUCAGUGGAAGACGAAAGACAAACAAUACCGGCAUUUUUUAAUUGAAAGACAAAUAAUAUAAUUUUCUCUUAACCGAUGGACUAAAUGAAUGAAGUAAUUUUAGUCACAGUUUAAGCAUUAAAUGACAUUUAUCUUCUAUAAAACAUCUCCAACUUC